ACGCCCUCCCUCUGUCUGACCAGGCAGCCGGCCCAGGCCAGGAAAGCGGCAGAGCUGAGCCUUUACCUGGCCCAGCGCGGGAGCCCCGUCGCCGCAGCGCCAUCGGCAGGCGAGGCGCAGUCCAGCCCAGCCCGCACACCUGGCCUUGGCCCCAUCCCAGCCCGCUGGUUGGUCAGGGGCUUCCACCGGCUGGGGUGGGGGGAGGCAGCCAAGCCAUGCUCUGGGGGCUGGAGGUCUCCCCUGGUGCCGCCGCUCCCACCUUUGGCGGAGCCUCGCCGGCUCUUUCUGUCCCCGCUCACCUCCUCCCCUCCAACUUCGCUCGCGCCUCCCUCCCAGGCGUCAGGGUCCCGCAGGCUCUCUGCACAUGGUCCAGAGCAGUCCUUGCCUCCUUCUUGGCUGGGGCCAGGGAGGGGAGGUCCGAGGCGCCCUUGCUACGCCACUGACUGAUAUAUGUCCCGGCUUUUUCCACUGUUGCUACCUUCCAAACAAAAAUUGUGUGAAACAGAGCUAAAGGGUCCCGCAUUUCAACAAUGAAUGGGUGCUCUAAUUUUAAUUACAUCUAUGAAUCCCGGCUGGACGAAAACUCUUCCUUCUCUCCGACCUUCGUCUCCGCGUAAGCGCCCGCAGCUUCCGGCAUAUCCGGCCGUGAACACGCCCGCUUGUAAACAUGGCGGCUCCCAUGGAGGCCUAUUCAGGUGAGGAGGAAACAGAACAUGAGCCUAGACUUCGAGACACCCCUGGAGACAUUUCCCUUGAGGCCGCAGCAAACACCAUUGCCUUUCACCCUUGCCAGGAUAUCAUAGCUGCUGGAGAUGUGGAUGGUGAUGUCUAUGUAUAUUCAUACUGCUGUCUGGAAGGUGGGAACAAGGAGCUUUGGUCAUCAGGACAUCACUUAAAAUCCUGCCGGGAAGUGUCCUUUUCCCAUGAUGGACACAAGCUCUUCACAGUGUCCAAAGAUAAAUCCAUUCAUAUCCUAAAUGUGGAGGAAGGCCGUCUCAUGACACGGUUCUCCAAGGCUCACAAUUCUGCUUUGAACAGUCUGCUGGUGAUAGAUGAGCACUUGUUUGCCACAGGAGAUGACCGUGGGGAAUUGAAAGUGUGGGAUCUGCGUAAAGGCAACUCUGUGAUGGAGAUGAAGCAGCACGAGGAAUACAUCAGUGACAUGGCCCUGGAUGGAAACAAGAAACUCCUGCUUACCACCAGUGGAGAUGGAACAAUGGGAGUCUUCAACAUCAGGAGAAGGCGCUUUGAGCUACUUUCAGAGCCCCAGAAUGGAGACCUGACAGCCAUCUCUCUGAUGAAGAGAGGAAAGAAAGUGACCUGUGGCUCCAGCGAGGGGACCAUUUACCUCUUCAACUGGGAUGGUUUUGGUGCUACCAGUGAUCGUUUUGCACUGAAGGCAGAGUCCAUUGACUGCAUGGUUCCUGUAACAGAGAGCAUUGUAUGCACAGGGUCUAUUGAUGGAGUCAUCAGAGCAGUGAACAUCUUGCCCAAUCGGGUGAUUGGCAGCGUUGGGCAACAUGCAGGAGAACCUAUUGAGCAGCUAGCCAAAUGUCAUACUGGCCCAUUCCUGGCCAGCUGUGGCCAUGACCAGAAGGUGAAGUUCUGGGACAUCUCUUCACUUAGCUCAGUGAUUGUGGAUGAUUACAGAAAGAAGAAGAAGAAAAGUGGGCAGCUGAAAUCCUUGAGCCGCAAAGCAUUUAGUACCGGAGAGGAUUUCUUUGCAGACUUGAGAGAGGAGGUAGCAGGCCCAGAGGAGAAGGAACAUGACAAUACUGAAACAGACAGCGACUAAAAUAUGUACACUGAUCAAAUAUGAGGAGUACACUGUCCUGAAAGGGGCCUUUAUAGCCACAGACUGCUUGAAACAGCUGUGGGUUUGCAGAGAUUCAACUGAGAUUUGUCCCUAUGCUGUAGAACAAACAGGAUAGUUGAGUUUGGCUUCUUAUGGGCAAAGUGCUGGUAGCCUAGUGGAAUCAGUACGUGUCUUCCUGCAAUUCAGUGAAAGUAAUAUUAAGUUUUUGAAAUAUGUUCAUGAGAGAUUGCUACAGAAAAGCAAGAUGGAGAUCUGUUAUAACCUAUGACAAUUACUUCAUUUCCUGUCAGAAGAGUCCGUCUUGGAAUAAAGAAGCUAGAAAACCUUUUUUUCCUAAGAGGGAUUAAUACUUGUAUCUUGCCAGUUUAGGAAUAAAGUUAUUGAUCCUAAAUGUACUAGAUGAACUUCUGCUUUCCUUACUGGGUGGCCAGAUGCAAAAGAGGACAGAGCUUUUGCACCUUUAAUAGUUGUGUAGAAUUUCAGCAGAUGUAAUACAAACUAUACCUGCUGAAAUUUCCUCCUCUUUGCAACUAUUAACUAUGCAGAAGCACUAGCCUUUUUUUUGCAUCCGGUCACCUGCUUCCUGCACCAAUAAACCAAUCCGAGAGCUUUUGAAGAAGGGCUUCUUAGCACUGAGGCAUUCUUUUUUGCAAUUAGCUCGAUGCAGAAUUAAAACUUUAAAUGAAG